GCGUGCUAAAUCCCGUGUAAAUGCAGCCGCCUCGUCGCGAGUGCAUCAGCAGCUGAAGGAGGCUCGCGCAUGUGCUUGGUUUUAUUCGUUGGUAGGAAGCCUCGGCGCUGGCUUACCCCUUUCUUUAAUCGGCUCGUCGGCUUGUUUGUUGCCAUUGUUAUUAGCGAUUGUGCGAGGCUAUCGGUUGGCCGAUAUGACACUGGAGCAUAGCGAGGCGGGUGCCUCGACCGCGCGAUUUAACAGCCGGAGGCUUCGAGCUUUCGAGCCUUUUUGGCUUCUCGCUCUUGUAUUGCUACUCUGCGCAAUUUGCAACGUGCCCGGCGUCAAAGGAAGCGGCGAGGCGUGGCUGAAGAGCGAGAAGCACGCCGAGUUUGGUACGGAAAUCCAGCUGCCGUGCAUUCUGAAAUUGCCGCAGUGCAUAGGGCUACACAGUAUAAAGUGGUAUCAGGGUAAUGAGAGGAUCUUCGUUUACAGCGCCGAGGGAGAAAUGAUGCUCGCUAGUGACGAAGUCGCGUCGAGAAUGAGCAUGAUUGUCCCAAAAAACAAUAUGACCAAGUCUUAUUUGAAAAUUUCAAAUUUAACUUUGGACGAUGAAUCUUUAUAUAAGUGUGAAGUAACAUAUCUGGCUGUCAAUCGUGAAUGCAACAAUGUUCAGCAUAUAACACUGAAUGUGACAGAAUCUUACUUAUAG